UUCCACUGACAUCAUGAAACUAUGUAUAAACCAUAUUGGCAUUGCAAAAUUACGUGGUUACAUUUCUAUCGACGCAAACUCCAGUGGUUCCCACACGACCGAUUUACGCACAAUACAUAUUCAUAAAAUACUCGACAACAGUACAAUAAUUGUUGCAACAUAAAUGAACCGACAGUUGUCGCAAUUUACGUAGCAGACAAAAUAUAUGUAAAUGUAUUGCAUUUCGUGUGCUCUAAAUGUCACGGAUAAAUUGGAGCAGUUCCGCCAAAAAACAAUUUCACACAAUCAACAGCAAAGUAAAUAUUAUUUGAACUCAUAUAUGUGUGGAGUAAGAUAGUAACAGUGAUUUAGUGAUGUGUCAAUUUCGGAGUGCCAGCGUGAUCGCAUUAUAUUUAUUAUUAUAUUUGUUGUAUUUAUCAAGUUCAGUUUUCGGGGGUCGUGAAUGUCCUCCACUUCCGAAUAAAAGUACAAAGAACGUCGUGAUAAAAUGCCACAGCGAGAGUGGAGGGGCAUCAUUCGAUUGUGGCGAAAGUCGUCCCUUGGGUCACGGGACAGUGGUGGCCUUUGAUUGUGCCCCAUUUUUUAAAUCCAAUCAGGAUUUAUCAUUCAGCUCCAAAAGAGAAAUAAGCUGCAUCAAUGGAAAAUGGUUGGGAUUUCAGUAUUUCCAGAGUUUUGCAUGUCUUCCAGAAUGCGGAAAAAUAUCCAAAUCCAAUUUGGCCAGCAGACCUGCCCAGUCAUCCUCACAAUUAAGACUCCCUUGGGAAGUAUCCAUACAAAGUGGUCCUUGGAAUUGUCAGGGGACAUUAAUCCCUUCUCUGAGAGGAAACGUAUCUGCAAUUCUUACCUCAAGAGAAUGCAUUUCUACCAACUUUCCAAACCGUGUCAGAGUUACCAUUGAUGAUCAGGAGUAUGCUGUGAAAGCGAUAAAAACACCGGAUAGUGAAGCUACCAAUUUGGCCAUUCUCCUACUCCAACGACCCAUUCAACUAGGCUCAACUGCACUUCCGGAGUGCCUUCCUUCCGAGGACGAGUACGGUGGGGUCACUUUGGUCAGUGGGACAAUGGGGCUUUCUGGGAAUUUAAGAAUGACUGUGCUCGGUGGGAGUGUUGAAGAAUGCUUCUCAGAAAUUUCUCGUACUGCAGAUCGAUCUCAAUUUUGCGCUGAGGUGGGGGCCAAAGUUCAUCAAACUCCAAAGUUUUGUUCAACAUCUGGCCGAGGAUUUUAUGCAAUUGAAAAUCAGUUGAACCCAAUUUAUUCAAUAGUUGGCAUUCAAAAUGGAGUAUUAAAACGUCCUGAUUGCAACUCUAAAAUGGGUUUUACCAAAAUUGAGCAUCAUAUGGACUGGGUGACGGAGAUUUUGGAAUUGGAAGCGGAAAUGGAAGUGGAAAAAGUUUCCUCCGUAACUGAGGAGGAAAUUGGAUUUUUCAUGAACAAGAAGGGCUGUCCCCCAAUAAAAAUAAGCGAUCAAGGGUUUGAAAUUCAAUGCGACAGCAUGGUGGACUGUUUGAAGGAUUAUUCGCCAGCAAACACGGUUGCAAGAUAUUCAUGCAAACCACAUUUUCAAACAUUUACGGGUGGAAGUUCUGAAGCCAAAAUUCAAUGUCGGUCUGGUGGAUCAUGGACACCUCUCCCUCCCGGAUUCGGCUGUCGACUGGAUUGUGGGAAUGGUUCUGAAGGUUCUGACAAGGCAGGCUUCAUAACUGAAGGAUUUACAAGUGCGCGAGGACGAUGGCCAUGGGCGGGUGCAAUUUAUGUAGAAACGCCACCACAUUCUGGACAGUUUGAGUUCGUUUGUGGUGCAACACUAAUUUCGCAAACUGCAAUAGCCACAGCCGGACAUUGUCUCGCCAUUCCCGGAACGUCUAGAACAAGACAAAAGUCACAAAUCCAGCUACAUUUUGGAAAGUUUCUUAGAAGUUUCGAUAAAAUUGAGGCUGAAACUCAAGUUAGGGAAGUCCGCAGUAUUCACCUCUAUCCACACUUUAACCCCCUUACCCUUGACAGUGACAUCGCCAUUGCAAUAUUAAACAAGCCAAUUAAAAUUACAAAUUCUGUUCAUCCCGUCUGUCUCCCAAUUUAUGGAGUCGAAAUCGAACGCAAUUUUGGAUCGUUGAUCGGGUGGGGAAGACUUUUGGAUGGCAGUUUUCCAGAAGAGAUGCAAGAAGCAAGGUUGCCUUUCGUACCAUAUAAAACUUGUCAGCAUUCACAUCCCACUUUUGGACAAUUGGUUCGACCCUCCACGAACUACUGUGCCGGAUACAGAAAUUCGACUGGUGCUUGCGACGGGGACUCAGGCUCUGGGAUAUUUUAUAGGGACUCGACGAGAGUGAAUAAGUGGGUACUGGGUGGCCUCGUUAGUGGAGGGGUGGCCAAUUGGAAGGGUGGCUGCAGUCCUGGACAUUAUUCUGUUUUCACAAAAGUCUCAAAUUUCAAAGAUUGGAUUUUAGACACGUUGUCCGACACAAAUUCCAAUGAACAUUGAGCACCGACCGAUAUUGUGAACAACUAAUCAAAUUAAGUUGUAAAUUGCUACAUUUUUAUUUUCAAGUAUGAAACCACAGAAAUGUAAAUAUGUGUGUAUUUUAUUCUACUUUGUCUUCUGUUUGCUCAAUGUCUUACUCAAUUAACUAGAUGCUUAAAAAUAAUGUAGAACAAAAUUGUAAGUUUACAUACUUUAAUAUAUUUUUAAUUAAUUCUUAAUUAAAAUUAAUUAUUUUCCUGAAUGA